UCCAGUUUAUUGAAUAUAGUGAUAAAAAAAAAAAAAAGGCGCCCCAAGGUGCCCAGGAUGAAGGAUGAACGAAGACUGAGCAAUUACAGCUCGUCGGAAUCAUGCUCCAGAACCCCUUCACUUCGAUCCCUUCUUUUUCUUCUUCUUAUCCUUAUUCUUUUCCUUGGCCUUCGGUGCCUCGUCCUGGCUGGUCGUCUGGUCCUCAGAGCUCGAGCCACCCUUCGAGCCUGCACCCUGGACCAUAUCCUCAGACACCGGGUGGGUUCUAGCAUCUUCCGACACCUGUCUACCCGUGCGCUGCAAAUCCUCUCCCGCGUGCUUCUCCUCUCCUUCCCUUCGCACGUCCUCUGCACGCUUGGCUCGAUCUUGCUCAAUCCUCUCCUGCUUCAAUUGAAUCUGCACAAGUUGCUCUUGCUUAACGUGUUCCUUCUCCUGUAGUCCCUUCUCCAGUCGCUCCCUCUCCCUUUCUGCGCGUGCCCUCUCCAGACGUUCCCUCACGACGCGUUCUUUUUCCGUUCGCUCCUGUUCAAGACGUUCCUGCUCAAGACGU